CUAACCACUGCACUAGUUUCAAUUAAAAUCGAACAUAGCCAUGGAAGACGCAAAUUCAAAAUUAAUUAAAAAGCCGGCGCGCUUGUAUCAAUUCAUAGCGGCUUUUUGCUGCAACCUUGGAGCGCUUGCUACAGGAAUUGUUAUGGGUUACUCCUCUCCAAGCUCCGCGAUGCUGCAAAGUUUCCCCAAACAAACCAAUUGUUCUUUGCUUGGAAAUGAACCUUUGCAAGCCACACAGAUCACUUGGUUCGGCUCCAUCUUGAACAUAGGAGCAAUACUUGGGGUGGUCACUGGUGGAUAUGCCAUUAAAGUCAUCGGCAGACGGGGAGCCAUGAUAGCGAGUUUGUUGCCUUUCAUUCUUGGAUGGGCGCAAAUUGACGGAAGAUUCAACGGUCGCCCCCGCGGUGAUAUUCGCGCUGUCGAUGAUCUUCAUCCAAGAGUCGCCCGCUUAUCUCUUGUCCAAAGAAAAGGAAGAUCAAGCACGUGCAAAGAAUACAAUAUCGACCCUGAAAUGCUGAGUCUUAAGAAAGCCGUCGCCUGGGCUCAGGAGAACAAGGCCUCGUUCCGGGACCUGGGCAAGCCUCACAUCCGCAGGCCGCUGAUCAUCUUGUUGACGCUGAUGGCGUUUCAACAGUUCUCAGGAGUCAACGCAAUUCUGUUCAAUUUAAAAGUCAUUUUUGAGAGCGCGAAAAUGAGCAUCACUUCAAACGUGGCCAGCAUCGUGGUCGGCUCGGCGCAGAUAGCGGCCACUUUGGUGGCCGCAGGACUGAUGGACAAGGCAGGCAGGAAAAUACUGCUCGUCUUGUCCACCGGCGGCAUGGCCAUCUCCCUAGGUUCAAUGGGAGCGUACUUCUACCUGCCCAGCGAGAAUAAUGCGGACUCGUUCGACUGGCUGCCCGUGGCUUCACUCAUGGUGUUCAUUUUUGCCUUCAACACUGGCUUUGGACCCAUACCUUGGAUCUUGCUCGGUGAGCUGUUCUCCCCAGACGUGAAGGAGCUGGCGGGAAGUAUGGCGGCUUUAGUGUCGUGGUUCGCAUCAUUUACGACAACAUUAAUAUUUAUCCCUCUUCAGCAAGCUAUCCACAAUUACGGCGCUUAUUGGCUGUUCUCCGGCAUGUGCGUCAUCAGCUGCAUAUUCACGAUUAUCUUCGUCAAAGAAACCAAAGGAAAAACUCCCGAAGAAAUCACAAUGAUGUGUUGUGAUGUUGACUCGCCAUGGUGUCUCAAGUGCGAGGUGUUGAACAAUAUGUCGAGCUCAGAACCCUCUAGUUUAUUUUUGAAUGACAUCGAGCCAUCAGCAGUCCCCCAGUUCGUGACGGCGAUAGGCGCGGGGCUCGGUGCGUUUUGCAUAGGCAGCGCCAUAGGAUUUUCAUCGUCAGCUGGGAUAGACCUGCAGUUCGGUGCUAACAGUACGAAAUGUUCGCUACCUGACGGUGAACACCUGAACCCUGUUCAGGUAUCGUGGUUCUCGUCAAUGGUAGGUAUGGGGGCGAUGGUAGGGACGGUUCUGGCUGGUAUUUCCUCACGCUUGAUCGGACCGAGAGCUACAAUGCUCAUGACCAUUGCACCGUUCAUGAUAGGUUGGUCUCUCAUAGGUUUUGCCACAAGCUUUGGGAUGAUGAUCGCAGGACGUUUGUUCUGCGGUGUUUGUGUGGGAAUUUUGUCGUUCUCAGUUCCUGCGUACCUGCGUGACAUCGCCCACGCAGACUUCAGAUGCGUCAUCGGUGCAGGUGGCGUUAGGGUUGCUGUACGCCUACAGCGUUGGGUCUCUCUUGUGCCCACAGUUACCGCGCAUGUGUGUUUUUUGAAUCGUGCAAUGGAGGACGACGAGAAUUUAGUUAAAAACAAACAGACGUACCUAACUCAAUACAUCGCCACCGCUUGUUGCACUUUCGGUGCCUUAACUGUUGGAUCUAACACCUCGUAUUCAUCACCAAGCACUGCUCAGCUGGGAGCCUUGGCUAAUGAAACAAAUUAUUCUUUAAUUGGAGGAGAACCACUGAGCGACUCUCAGCUCUCAUGGUUCAGCUCCAUCGUCAACGUUGGAGCCAUCCUGGGCGUGGUGCUUGGGGGUCUGGGCAUCAAUUGGAUCGGGCGGCGGGGCACCAUGAUCGGCUGCCUCGUGCCCAACGUGCUGGGGUGGGCACUUAUAGGCUUGGCAUCGAACUUUGCAAUGCUGAUCGCGGGCCGAAUUUUUGUUGGCGUGAGCGCCGGAGUCGCCACCAUCGCCGUCCCCACCUACAUCGGGGAGAUCGCCUCCCCCGACAUCAGGGGGAUGUUGGGUUCGUGCUUCCAGCUGAUGGUGACAGUGGGUGUGCUUUUCGUGUACGUGUUUGGUGCCCUUGAGUCUUGGCAGUGGCUCGCCCUGACAUGUCUGCUGCCCGCCGUAGUCUUCAGCGUCUUGAUGGUCUUCAACAAGGAGUCUCCAAGUUACCUGCUCGCCAAAGACAAGCAUGAAGACGCAAGGAUGUCUAUGCAACACUUUAGAGGCAAAGAGUGCAACGUUGACGCGGAGUUGACGCGUCUUCAAGACGCCGUUGCUUUUGCCCGCAACAACAGAGCUUCGUUCAGAGACCUGGGCAGACCUCACAUCAGGAGACCCCUGCUCAUCUCUGUCGUCUUGAUGGUCUUUCAACAAUUUUCGGGGAUCAACGCAAUCUUGUUCAACCUCACCACAAUAUUUGAAAGUGCCGAGGCGGACAUGUCCGCAGAGAACUCGAGCAUCUUGGUGGCCGUGGUGCAGGUGGUGGCCACCGCCGUGGCCGCCGCCCUCAUGGACAGAGCUGGCAGGAGGCCGCUGCUCAUCGGGUCAUCAGUGGUGCUGGCCGCGUCUCAAGCGUCCAUGGGCAUAUAUUUCUACCUGCUGAGUGAAGACAAAGCUUCUAACUUGAGUUGGCUACCCAUCACCUCCCUCAUGAUCUUCAUCUUCGCCUUCAGCAUUGGGUUUGGGCCCAUCCCUUGGGUUAUGAUGGGCGAGAUUUUCUCAGCUGACGUGAAGGAGCUUGCAGGAAGCAUCGUGGCGAUCACAUCUUGGUUAUUUUCGUUCAUCAUUACGCUCAUUUUCGCACCAUUACAGGAAGCCAUCCACGACUACGGAGUGUACUGGCUCUUCUCAGGCAUGUGCGUCGUAAGCUUCUUCUUCUCAGUCCUGAUGGUCAGGGAGACUAAAGGCAAAACAGCGGAGGAAAUCGCGGAAAUGUUCGGAGGGACUCCAGAAAAGCCGGAAAAUAACACCGAAGUCAUGCAGAUCCCUGAGCAAACUCUGCAUAUGUGAUUUAUUUAUUUGUUUCUGAUUAUUUCUUGUCAUAGUCUCAAUUAAUCGCAUUUUAUUAAAUACAUUAUAUGGACAAACAAGUCAGCAAAAGAAAUUGACUUUAUUGAUUGAAAACCUUCUAAGUUAAGAACAGUUUGUGUUUCCGACAUUCGUGCACUCCGGAUUUUUAGCCGCCUAAAUGCACUUUUAUUCGAACGCAACGAUAAAAUUCCUCAUCCCAGAUUGUUGUUGAAAAUCUAAUUCCUAAAAAGAACUUGUUGGCUCUUCUUAUCCACAUUAUCUCGCUUGUGGUAGAUACGCUAAAAUUUUAUUUUCAUUAAUUCUAGUAAACCUGCAUUACAAUUGAAUUUCAAACAAGUUAAGCUUGAAAUUUCUUGAUCCCUAGGGUCAUAAAAAUUUCCUUGCCUUGUUUUUUUUUUUUUGCUUGAACAAUGAGCGGCGGAGG